CCCCUUCCCGCGCUCAUGGGGUGUCGGGCUCGCCCUGGCGUUGCGGAGCUGUUCCCAGUUCCUGCUCUUCCUGUGCUCUCUGGAGCUCGGCUCGACGUGGUCUGGGUGCCCAACUUGAGAUCCUGGGGUCUCAUUUGCAUAUGUGGCAUUGAGAACCUGCCAUUUGAAUUGCAGAGAAAUUUCCAACUCAUGCGAGAUUUAGACCAGCGAACAGAAGACCUCAAGUCAGAGAUUGAUAAACUGGCCACGGAGUAUAUCACCAAUGCACGGACUCUGUCUUCGGAGGAAAAACUGGGGCUUCUCAAGCAAAUUCAGGAAGCCUAUGCGAAAUGCAAGGAGUUCGGGGAUGACAAGGUUCAGCUGGCCAUGCAGACCUAUGAGAUGGUGGAUAAGCACAUCCGGCGGCUAGACACGGACCUUGCCCGUUUUGAAGCUGACUUGAAGGAGAAGCAGAUUGAAUCGAGUGACUACGACAGCUCCUCCAGCAAGGGCAAGAAGAAGGGCCGGGCCCAAAAGGAGAAGAAAGCUGCCCGUGCUCGUUCUAAGGGGAAAAACUCUGAUGAGGAGGCACCAAAGAUGGCUCAAAAGAAGCUGAAACUCGUCCGCACCAGCACGGAGUAUGGGAUGCCCUCAGUGACAUUUGGAAAUGUGCACCCCUCAGAUGUGCUGGAUAUGCCUGUGGAUCCCAAUGAACCCACCUACUGCCUGUGCCACCAGGUCUCCUAUGGGGAGAUGAUUGGCUGUGAUAACCCUGAUUGCUCCAUCGAAUGGUUCCAUUUCGCCUGUGUGGGCCUGACGACAAAGCCAAGAGGGAAAUGGUUCUGCCCUCGCUGUUCCCAGGAGAGGAAGAAGAAAUAAAAUCCCUAGAGCCCCCUGGUGCAGUGGCCAGAGUCCCAUCUCUUCUACUAGGGCCUCAUCAAGGCUCCCCCAGCCCCUGGGCCUUGAGGUUGCGGGGAGUCUUGCCCUGUUUGUGGUUAGGGUGACCUUUGAAUGGGCUGUGCCCUCAUGACAGUUCCAAUGUGUUCUGUAUCCCGUGCUACCUUCAGAUUCCCCUUGGAGGUCCUUUGUGUGCUGUUCUAGAACAGGUCUCUGAAUCCCAGAGGGAAUGAGGGUAACUAGGUAGCCCCCAGAUUCCUAGGGGUUGGAUGGUCCCCUGAUUUCCCUGGCUCACCCUUCACCCCACUUAGAGUCCAUUGCCUGCAUCUCUCCUUGGGGAAGCCAGACUUAGUCAGGGAAGUGAAAGAUUACCUGAAUGCCCAGGGGAAGGAGGUAAGUCUCCCCAAACUUUAUAGGCUCCUGAUUUUAUUAGAUCUUCCCUGGGCGUGGGGGGUAAGCAGGCCACCUCUUCAUCUUACAGGUUGGUUGAAAAGUUGGAUCCCUUAGUCCUUCCCUGCCCUACCUUACAUUCCACUAUCACCUCCAGUACCAAGUGGUCUCUGUUGUAUGUGGGAGAGGAGGGAGUUUAGAGAGAACCUGAGUCUCAUUUAUUCCCCUUCUGGGGGAAUAUCUCAGGAAUGGGUAGUGUACUGUGUCUUACAGGAAAGAGGAAGCAUUCGUGAGCUUAGGUGGAGCUGGUUUGUAUUACCUGUGCUUCUGCCCCAGAGUUCCCCAAUCCCUGUUGCUGUCCAAGAUCCUUUGUUCUCCUGAUGAUGGGAAGUUUGGGAAUCCAGAUCCACCUUGUAAAAUAUGGAAUUAAAUAAAACCCAUUGAAACAAACACCCCAGCAUUUGCCAGGGUCUGUGAUUGUGGGUCUUGGCUCUGACCUGUGGAGGAUGACACAGAAACCUUCUGUAGAUCCCCUCAGUGAGUAAAAGAGUUGUUGGUGGAGGAUAGGGUUGCACUCUACAUUAAAGACACCAUUACCUAUUUUAGAGUUAUUGAUAAAUCAGAAGAUGACCUAGGUGAAUCUUCUUAGGUUCGCUAGCAUUUCCAAAAAAUCAAACUGAAAAUGAAAAAUUUCCAAUUUUUUUGUGAAUUGAAAAGUUGGAAAAAUUUCUAGUAGGGUCAUAUGAAACAUUUUUUGUUAUUAUUCAACUUGGAUUUUUUUGUUUGAUUUUGGGCAUUUUAACAAAGGCUGGGGAGGACUAGAUUCAGAAAACAGCUGGAAGAGGAGGUGGUUAUGGUGAUCUCCUCAUAGUUUUUACCCUAGUAGUUAGGGCACUGCCUGGGAUGUGGGAGUCUCAAGUGCAAGUCUGCUCUAAGAAAUACUUAUUUAUAAAAGGUGGAAUAGCUUCAACAGGAGAGCUUGAGGGAAAAACCAUUUGGUGAAUCUAGUCCUCCUUUACUUUUGUUAAAAUUUCAAAAAUCAAAAUGAAAAGCCGUCAUAUGAAAACAAAAUGCUUUGUUUCAACAUCUCCAAAACAUUUCUUUUUUUUUUUUUUUUUGGUUCGGUCAUAACUGGGCAAACUCAACGCAAAUCAUUUUGGGUCAAACAAAAUUGUACUUUCUGAAGGAGCGGUGGAGACCCAGAGAGACAAAAGAGUCCUGCCUUGUGCCAAAGCUAUAAAAGGGGGUGGAGCAAAACAAAGGGGGCUGCUAGUCAUGAGACAGCCCCUGCUUUACACCUAAGAUGUCUGCUGGAACUAACAAGGACUGUACCAGGGGAAAGGAUUGGGCCCAGACUAGGAAGGAGUCUAGUCUGUGAAAGCAGUUUAUUGGAACAUCUCUGAGGGUGAGAUAUUACCUGUAAUCAGUUUCUUAAUGUGUUAGGCUUAGACUGGCGUGUUUUUGCUUUAUUUUGCUUGGUGACUUACUUUGUUCUGUCUGUUAUUACUUGAAACCACUUAAAUCCUACUUUGUAUACUUAAUAAAAUGACUUUCAUUUA